UGUUAAACGAGAGUCGGGUCAAGUCCAAGUUUCUAUCCAUUCGGAAACUCCAUCCCAACGCAAAAUAAAAUUUUCCACCAAUCCAAACAGUCCGGCGAAAAGAAUUCCCUCCACCUCACUUCUUCAGAGUCUAGGGUUUCUAAACCAACAAUAUGUCUACUCACUCACUGUCUCUGCUCCCAAUUUCAUGUCAUAGAAACCCUAACGAUCCUGCUUCACCUCUUCUACUUUCUCUCCAUAAAAACGGUUUGUUUAGCUCUUUGAUUGGUCAGAAGCUUUCCAUUCAGUCUUCCCAUUCGCGGCUUGUUGUUUCGACGCGUUAUAGAUCGACCGUCGCUACGGUUUUGUUGAGCCUUCCAACUGCAAAGCCAGAGAGGACUUCUUCUGAGAAAGUUCCAAAAUGGUCGGCCAGGGCAAUAAAGUCAUUUUCUAUGGCGGAAUUGGAAGCAAGGAAGCUGAAGUACCCAAAUACUGGAACCGAGGCUCUUCUAAUGGGAAUCUUGGUUGAGGGUACUAGCCUAGCUGCAAAAUUUUUGAGGGCAAAUGGAAUCACACUUUUCAAGGUGCGAGAAGAAACUGUGAAUUUGCUUGGAAAAUCUGAUUUGUACUUUUUCAGCCCUGAGCAUCCUCCAUUGACUGAACCAGCCCAGAGAGCCCUUGAUUGGGCUGUUGAUGAGAAAAUAAAGUCAGGUGAAGAAGGGGAAAUAACCACAAGUCAUCUGCUUCUUGGAAUUUGGGCAGAGGAAGAAUCAGCAGGUCACAAGAUUUUGGCAACUCUUGGUUUUAACGAUGAUCAAGCUAAGGAGCUAGCUAAAUCUAUUAACAAGGAAACUGAUUUGAGCUUCUAGUAGGGACCAUACACAUUCCCCUUGCCUCAGGAACAAACUUUGGGAGAGAGAGAAAAAAAAAAGGAAAAAAAAUCCUUUCCAAUGGAGCGAGUACAAUUUCGGAUGGACCAUUGAAAAUUUAAAGUUGCAUGUACAAGACAGUUAGAGGAGAAUUUUAUUUCCUGGCUGGGUAUUUUUGUGGUGGUUGAUUUCCUUGUUAAUUUUUUCCUUUUUGUUUUUUCUUUCUUUGAUGAUGUUUAUUACUGUGGUUUAUCAUAGAAGAUAAAAAUAUUUAUAUAA